UUUAAAGCUUGUGAUUGGUUGUCCUACAAGUCAAGGAACAUUUAAUGUGGCCAAUGAGGUCAUUCUAUAGGUUGGUCCAGGAAAACUAGCAAUCAGAGAAGGCUGUACCUCCCAUUGGAAAUUAGCAUAGAGCAGUGGAUAAAACCCCGCCUGUAGAGACACAGCUUUAUUGAGCUUUGAGUUUCACUGACUGAAGCAUCAUGCCUGAACCAGCGAAGUCUGCACCCAAGAAGGGCUCGAAGAAGGCCGUCACUAAAACCGCCGGCAAGGGCGGAAAGAAGCGCAGAAAGUCCAGGAAGGAGAGCUACGCGAUCUACGUGUACAAAGUCCUGAAGCAGGUUCAUCCCGACACCGGGAUCUCCUCCAAGGCGAUGGGAAUCAUGAACUCUUUCGUCAACGACAUCUUCGAGCGCAUCGCCGGUGAAGCGUCUCGUCUCGCUCACUACAACAAGCGCUCCACCAUCACAUCGAGAGAGAUCCAGACCGCCGUGCGUCUGCUGCUGCCCGGAGAGCUGGCCAAACACGCCGUGUCUGAGGGCACAAAGGCUGUGACCAAAUACACCAGCUCAAAGUAG